AUGUUUGGCUAUAGCAAAGAAGCUGUUCGAGUGAAAGUCAAGAAAUGCGAGGGAAAACUCCAACCAGAAUUGAGAAAGUUUUCAGUGGAUCCACAAAUUACUUCUCUGGAAGUUUUACAAAGCAUUUUAGUGAAAGCAUUUGAUAUAAAGUCUGAUUUCACUCUCUCUUAUAGAACUGCAGAUGAUUAUGGACAAGAAAUAUAUUUACCAUUACUUUCUGACUGGGAUCUGGAUGCUGCUUUUCUCAAGGCUCAUAAUAUAGCUUUAACUCAGAGGUCGGAACCAUGUGUACUGUUGAAAGUAGAUAUGAAACCCUUUGCCGAGGCCUCAGAAGACUGGGAACCGCCUACCAUACCAUCUGCACCUGUCACACAGAAUACCAAAGAGCAACCAACAGUAUAUCAAGCAGCUCAAGUGGAAAAACCAGAAACACAGUCUGGGUUUCAAGGACUUAUUAUGAACCAGGUUGAGAAAACAUUCAACAUGGUUUCAAGAGCACUCAAUCUGUACGAUGACCCCAACACUCCUCUACGACCGCCUCUAAGUGAUAUUGAAUUCCGAGCCUUCCUAGACGCAGUCGGACAAAUUAAUAACAUGGCAAAACUAAGAGAAGUUAUAUACUGCGGAGGGAUAGAGCCUAGUUUAAGGAAAGUUGUAUGGAAGCAUAUUUUAAAUGUUUACCCAGAUGGUAUGACGGGUAAAGAAAGAAUGGACUACAUUAAAAGAAAAGCAAACGAGUACUAUGCAUUGCGAUCUCAAUGGAAGGAUUGUAUUCAAAAGGGAAAGGUAAAUGCAGAUCUGGCGUAUGUAACAAGUAUGGUUCGUAAAGAUGUCCUCCGAACUGACAGACAUCAUAAUUUCUAUGCGGGAAGUGAUGACAACCAAAAUAUUGCUUCACUCUUCAAUAUUUUGACAACGUACGCCAUAUACCACCCGACGGUCAGUUACUGUCAAGGUAUGUCAGAUUUAGCGUCUCCACUUUUGGUGACGAUGGGAGACGAAGCCCACGCUUACAUUUGCCUCUGUGCGCUAAUGGCGAGGUUAUACCCCAACUUCUUACUGGAUGGUGAAGCCAUGACAGUCAAAUUCACGCAUUUGACCGAAUCACUUCAAGUAUAUGAUCCAGAUUUCUAUAAUUACCUGAAAUCACAGCAAGCUGACGACCUGCUCUUUUGUUAUCGAUGGCUGCUAUUGGAAAUGAAACGGGAAUUCGCUUUUGACGAUGCUCUUAGAAUGUUGGAAGUACUGUGGGCCUCCUUGCCACAAAAAGCACCAACAAUGGAAUUAUUGUUAAAAGAAAAAGACUUUGAUUCAACAGUCAAAGUUGAUAUCGACCCUCCUCCCCUGAGUCCGUUAGUGAAGGCACCACGAGAGAAUGCUUACACCAAAGUGUGUGCCAUUAGGCGUCAGAGUUCUAGUUUUAGCCUAGCAAAUAUAAAAACGCCUAAACUUGUCACUACUAAACAGACAAACCAUAGCCUAGAUGAGAAUGCAGCGAGGAAAGUUUUGAACAGUUCAUCUCUAAAACAUGCAAAAGAGUUCCAAAGUUUAGAUGAUGCGGUAUUACAAACUCAGAAAACGUCAAAAGAUAACCAUGACAAGAACGGUGACAAAAAUGUUGAUAGGAAUUUACCCGCAAAAGAUCCCAAUAAAAUCCCGCUUCGUAAAGGAAUGAAGAGUGUACCAGAAUACGGAAAAGUUGUAGAAGUACAUGAUUCAACAACCGUUGCGUGGGCGAGUACAGGAAACUUAUCAAACGGAACGACACAGACAGAAGUAAAAGAAACGCCAUUGGGAAGUCAAAUUAGAUUAUUGAGGGAUAAAAUAUCUGUUCAUAAUAAUAGAUUCUUUUCUUCCUUGGACACGCUAGAAGACUCGCUCAGUUCGGAUACCACAAACAAACCAAAAGUUAAAAUGAUAAAAAACCUUAACGAAUUUCUCAACUUCGCUACUGGAACUAAAUCAACUACGUUUAAGCCAGACAAGCUACAAAGGACACACUCUGUGAUUGAACAUACGAGAUCAAAAGAAUGUCCAAAAAUUACAUUAACCAAAACGUCAUACGAAGAAAAUGACGCAAGUUCGCAAAACUUGAAAAUUCAAAUAAAUAAGAUAAGCAAAAUGAGUUUUGAUACAAAUGACGGUAGCAGUCCUGAUGACUCGCAGGAAUACUACCCCAUGACGACUUCAAUGACGAGAGAAUUAAAACUGGAACUAGAACAUUUGGACCGACAAGUGUUCGGUCCUUCGUAUGUGAGCCGUUGUAGUAUGAUCUGUGACUCACCCUCAGACUCUACGAGUACUGAAGACAAACCGGCCGAAUGUUUCAAGGAAACUAAACCAAAUGUUGUUGCUACUGAAACUUUAGAGGUUCAGGCAGAAGUUGCAGAGUCAGCCGAUUCAAUGAAAAAGUCACCAAUGUUAGAUAAUAUCAGAUUGAAUGCGAGGAGUGCCGAGGACAUAUAUUUGUGGGAAAAUCCUUUACAUAGAAACACUCCAACAACGCGGACGACUGCAAGCUGUCCUCAGACUCCCGACGAGCAAGCGGAACUAGAUUUUGACGGGGACACGGGAGAAAUAUUUGAAGAACACUCCGGUAAAAAAUCAAUAACACCCAUAAGAUUGUUAAGAAAAAAUCAUUCCCUGGAACCCCAGGAUCUUUGUAAAAGACAUUCCAACACACAUUCCAGUGAAUCGGAUUCGUCUGAUAGAGAACUUCCAGAAUCUGCUAAUACAGUUACCGUUAAAAAUAGCCAACAAGACAGUUCCAAUACCAAAUCUCAUAAAUUUUUCUCGAAUAUGUCACACGAAUUGGAGAACGCAAAACGGAAUUGUGAAUCCCUGCUCAGUGUGAAGCAAUCGAACCUGCAAAACGUAGCGUCUACGAUUAACAACUUUCAAAAGAAAUAUGAAGUAUUUAAACCGCCUACACAGAAAAUUACAAACGUAUCUUCCACGAGCAGCGAUAGCACGGCUAAGAAUAGUAUAAGUAGUCUUCCACCGCCGACAACAUUCGGAGGUGGUAAUCCUUUCUUAAUGUAUUUAUGUCUCACAGUAUUAUUGCAACACAGAGAUUAUAUUAUGAGAAAUCGCAUGGACUACAACGAGCUCGCGAUGCAUUUCGAUAAAAUGGUACGAAAACACAAUGUGAACAGGGUAUUAAAUCAAGCGCGCCAAAUGUACGCUCUUUACUUGAAACAACAAGCACAUAAGACUGGUGAUGUUACCAUUUAAAUAUUUCUUUAGUGUAAAAAUGAUCUCCAACGGUUUCAUUUUAUUGCUCAUGUUUUAAAAUUAUAAUCUUAAUGUAAGUUGAAAAAGGAGUUGUCAUGUUACGUAAUUUAGCGCAACCAAAUAUAUGUACAUACGAGAUGUGUGAUUUACCUUAUGAUAGUAAGAAGAGGCCUUAAUUUAAAUAUUUAAUUUGAAGAUAUUAAAAAAGUGAGAAAAAAUGGGUCUUGGAGUUUGUGGAACCUACACAACUGAAUAGUAAUGCAUUUUAUUUAUGUGAACUUGUAAGGUUUCAUAGCGAGGAUAUUCCGAUAAAUCCAAUGGAUUAGUUAUUUAAUACACUUUAAGGGAAACGUAAUACGUUUCGCAGUUUGGUUUUUGAGCUUAGGGCGUCAUAACUCUGUUGUAAAAACACCUUUGAUGUACUGCUAAUCGGUCUUUAACUUUGUUGCUGACCUAAGGUCCGGCCGAACACGCUUAAUGUUUUUUUAACUCAUUCAUUCCAAUAAGUACCCAAUUCUAUUUGUGCAUAAAAUAUAAAACUCA